CUAUUGGUUAUUGCUUUUGUUUAUUUGGUGGCUCCUAAAGGAGCCGUUGGUUUUAUGAAAAGCCAAUGCACUUAUGCUCGUUCUCCUCGGAUUCGGCGGGCCAGCUGAAUGUCCUUGGGCAUGAUCGUGACACGCUUGGCGUGGAUGGCGCACAAGUUGGUGUCUUCAAACAGACCAACAAGGUAAGCCUCGCUAGCCUCUUGAAGAGCCAUCACAGCAGAGCUCUGGAAGCGCAGAUCGGUCUUGAAAUCUUGAGCGAUUUCUCGCACAAGACGCUGAAAGGGCAGCUUGCGGAUCAACAGCUCAGUGGAUUUCUGGUAACGACGGAUCUCUCGAAGAGCGACUGUGCCAGGCCUGUAACGAUGAGGUUUCUUGACGCCACCAGUAGCGGGCGCGCUCUUACGGGCUGCUUUUGUGGCGAGCUGUUUUCGUGGGGCUUUUCCACCGGUUGAUUUACGGGCAGUUUGCUUUGUGCGAGCCAUGUUUGAAAACUUGGAGUCAGUUGGAGAGACUGAAUUAUCGUUGAAUAGACUCCCAAAAACUUUAUACCUGGCGCGUUUCAUUCUGAUUGGCUGAAAUGUUUGCUCUGUGAUUGGAGGAAUAAGACUGACUUGAUGUACCAACGGCAAUUUUCGAUCCUAAGUCAUUUUUUGUUGGUUUUAGUUCUUUGAAGGGUAGUUUUUGGGAAGAAAUAUUCUGACGAUAAUAGGCCCAUGUGAAAAAAAUUUAUGUUUGGAACAAUGUUAUAAAUCGCUGCAUUUCUUGUGCCAAAAAUGCAUCAUAUUUCUGCAAAGCGGGAGCGCAAAUGUCCGUCACGGUAAACUACUUUAGCAAAUUAUGCGCAUAUUUCACUUGUCAUAAUAUUUGCCCUCUGUUUAACUUAAAUAUUGCUUUUGUUAUAAUUGAGCCAAUGGAAAGGCCUCUAAGCUUCCAGCGAGGUCCUCUUUGCUGUCAUAUAAAGCAGAAACGAAGGUUUUUUAGGCACAAUUCGUUAAGAGAGCACUAACAUUCAGUCAAUAUGUCUGGUCGUGGAAAAGGAGGCAAAGGUCUAGGAAAAGGAGGCGCCAAGCGUCAUCGAAAGAUCCUUCGUGAUAACAUCCAAGGCAUCACCAAGCCAGCUAUCCGUCGUCUUGCACGCCGUGGCGGUGUCAAGCGAAUCUCUGGUCUCAUUUACGAAGAAACCCGUGGCGUUCUUAAAGUUUUCCUCGAGAACGUUAUCCGCGAUGCUGUGACGUACACCGAGCACGCCAAGAGAAAGACCGUGACAGCCAUGGACGUGGUGUACGCUCUCAAACGCCAAGGACGUACUCUGUACGGAUUUGGUGGUUAGACUACACUGCCUACACUCAUAUCACAAACGGCUCCUUUAGGAGCCACCAAAUCCUUGAAAGUCAUGACCAAUAAAGUUUGCUAUUCUUUCUCCCUUAAAUCUCUUGAAAGCUCGAGAGAGGGCAUCGCAGAAAUUGGCUAAAUUUUUUGAACAAAUUAUUGUCUACGACUGGUCGAAGAUUAGGUUGGCAUGGUUAAAUCUUUGCACACUUUCCCUCGGCUAAAUCCUCCCUGUAACGGCUACUACUGGGGGAAAGGUUUGUCGUAUUACCAGUCGUUUCGACACAAGUUUAUUCCGUCGAGUUGUCAAUAGUUUAACGAACUUGGCUUAAGUAACGAAGAAUAUUCACCCAAAGUGCUUAUCUUUUUCACGCGCAAACUUUCCUUAAAGAGAUCGAAAUUCUUAUGUAAUUUCACUGCUCACGUUUGUAUCGAAACGAACGGUUACCGGUUUGUUGUUAUUCUAAAGGGACACCCAAGUACUUCGCCCUUCAGGAACGAUCCUACCCCUUGCAUGCGUGUUUUCACUGUAACAAGUUUGUAAGACCUUUGCGUCGAUGCUGUGAGCUUUUUAUAAAAGUUUUUACUUAAGUGAUGAAAUUCUUGUAAGCCCCACUUUUUCAAGGGGAAGUUAAACAAUGUUGGCGACUUUGCAUCGAUGCUGUGAGCUUUUUAUAAAAUUUCAUACUUAAGUGAUGAAAUUCUUGUAAGGCCCACUUCUACAAGGGGAAGUUCAACAAUGUUGGCGACUUUGCAUCGAUGCUGUGAGCUUUUUAUAAAAUUUUAUACUUAAGUGAUGGAAUUCUUGUAAGGCCUCCUUUUUCAAGGGAAAGUUGAUCAGUUUUGGCGAUUGUUCUUUUUCUUUUCAUUGGAAAAGUUUAUGAAAGGUUUUGAUUCAAAGACUUCGGUCAAGUGUGGAACUUUCUUAGAAGUUUUACCUUUCUGUAAUCAAUGUGCAACGAGAGUUCACUCUCCGUACUGAAGGAGCACCCAUUUGCGCGCUAAAAUGGUACUAAAUUUGCAUUUGAAUAGUCCUUAUCUUUUCACGAGCUAAUGCUCAAACAAAAUUAUGUUACGGCCGGAAAUGAUGCGGCUACCAGUUCUCUUAAUUUACACAAAGAGAGAAAAGUUACUUAAAGUUUUUUUAAAAUCGUUCAGUUUUCCGUAGAAUGUUUCUCCUUGGACAUCUGUCAAAUGUGGAAAUUUCUUAGGUUUCCCACUCAGUAAACAACGUGUAACGAAGGAGCUCUUUUCGUAACGAACUCACAUCAAUUUGCGCGCUCAGACUUACACUAAAUUUGCAUUUGAACAGUCCUUAUCUUUUCAUAAGCUACUUAACGUUGCCUUAAGUUCUGUCCAAUUUUCCUUAGAAUCUGCAUAAACUGGCUUUGCAGACGGUCAGCUAUUCUUGAAGUGGCCUUCGUCCAUCUUAAAAGGGAAAUUUUGUAGUAAAAUACGUUUUCAAGAUUUUGGCGCUAAAAUUUCCUUAUGUAUACUCCUAAACUAGUCCUUGUAAAGAAACUUUACUUUUGGGUUUAAUUUCUGGACUAAUGGUAAUUGAUAACUGAGUAUUGGUCAUGAUUUCAUAACAUAUGGUGGCUCCUAAAAGAGCCGUUUGUGUUUUGAAAGCUUAAGUUUAAGCUUUCUGCUUCUUCUCGGUCUUCUUGGGCAACAGCACAGCCUGGAUGUUGGGAAGAACGCCUCCUUGGGCGAUGGUGACACCGGCGAGCAGUUUGUUCAACUCCUCGUCAUUUCGGACGGCCAGCUGAAGGUGACGGGGGAUGAUUCUUGUCUUCUUGUUGUCACGGGCAGCGUUACCAGCCAACUCAAGGAUCUCAGCGCUUAAAUACUCGAGCACGGCGGCCAAGUACACUGGAGCACCUGCGCCAACUCUCUCAGCGUAGUUUCCUUUGCGAAGAAGACGGUGGAUACGACCAACAGGAAACUGAAGCCCUGCUCGGGAUGAUCGGCUCUUGGACUUCGUGCCCUUUGCCUUUCCUUUACCGCGACCAGACAUAUCGAAAUCUAGUAAUGUUCAGAGUAGUGUUCUGAGCAGUGUUAUAGGGAAAUGAAUGACGUAGAUUUGGCGGUCUACGAGAUUUAUAGCACCAUCCCUUUUCGUGAGGAUCGAAACGCACCAAUCAAAGUCCUCGUGCGUUUUUGAAUUUCAAAUAACCUUUGUACAAAAGAAAAUGCACAGCAACUUCAACGCGUCUUUUAGAAUUGAAAAGAGCAGUGUGUGCCCAGUGGAACAUCCAAUCAGAAAGCAAGGAUUUCGAUCCGUAUGAUAAUCGAUCAUUUCGUUAUUUUGGUAUAAAUACAAGAUGGAUCGCGUUGGUUGAUCAUACCCAUACAACAAGCAUGGCACCCAAAGUUGCAGGAAAGAAAGGCGAGAAGAGAGCCGGAAAGGCUAAGGCUGGAGGAGAAAAGAAGAAGAGGAGAGGAAAGAGAAAGGAAAGCUAUGCUAUCUACAUCUACAAGGUGUUGAAGCAAGUUCACCCUGACACUGGUAUCUCCAGCAAAGCCAUGGGCAUCAUGAACUCGUUCGUCAACGACAUCUUCGAGCGCAUCGCCACCGAAGCUUCCCGCCUUGCCCACUACAACAAGAAAUCAACCAUCAGCUCCCGCGAGAUCCAGACCGCCAUCCGGCUGCUUCUGCCCGGUGAACUGGCGAAACACGCCGUCAGUGAAGGAACCAAGGCUGUUACCAAGUACACCAGCAGCAAGUAA